GUAACCAAAUAAUCAUUUGUGGUGAUUUUAUAUGUGUUGUGAAUGGUUUUUUAUUAAAAGAAUGUGUGUUUUAUUACUAUAAGACUCCUAGUUAGUGAAUAUAACUCAGGAUUUUAGCGUGUUUUUGUGAUAUUCACAGAUAUUUGAGACUUGAAAUCGGAAAUACCGAUCUGUAAACAACGAAUUUUUUGAUUUGUAAUCAACGAAUUUUUUUGAUUAUAUACAAUCAAUAACGUACACCACUGUCCUCGGAGAUAGUUAAGUCCAACAGUUUCAAUAAAGAAGCUGCCAGACUGACGUCCAAGGUGAACUAACGAGGGCCUACCAAAGUGUUCAUUAAAAAUUCCAGCGUGGGAUAACAUCAGUAACGCCCUGCCUCGAUUACACAUCCCAGCCAUGCCGGCCGUGCGCUCCAAGCGCGGCUGGUGUGGUUGCCUCCAAGAUGACGAGCCACCCGAAAUAACAUACUGCGUGGUGGAAAAUACAGGAACCCUUACGCUUCAAGCGAUAACACCCACACAACCGAUGCCUUCACAAGAAGAACUAGAUGUUAAAUUUGCUGAACUUGUGGAGGAACUCGACUUGACCGCCCCCAAUAAGGCAGCAAUGAUGAGUUUACCUCCACAGAAAAAAUGGCAGAUAUAUUGCUCAAGGAAGGGUGAAGACACAGAGGACCAAACACAUGCUCCUGAACACUACGUUGAAAGACUGCGAACUUUAGCUACAUUAGAAUAUCCAGAAACAAAUACCGAAGAGGAAGUUAGAUCUAGAACAAAACAAAUAGAUGGGCUGAAGACAGCGUUGCGAACAUCUACGCACAGCUUUGUGAUAAAAUUCAUCGAAUUAGACGGUCUCGUAGCUACAUUAGAAUGCUUGGAGAGAAUGGAUUACUUCACGGCCCAAAGCUCCAUUCACACAAGUAUCAUUGGUUGUGUUAAAGCUCUUAUGAACAAUUCGACAGGCAGAGCUCACGUAUUGGCUCAUCCCACAAGUAUUAACACAAUUGCUCAAUCGUUAAGCACGGAAAAUAUUAAGACAAAGAUAGCAGCGUUGGAGAUUUUAGGUGCUGUAUGCUUGGUUUCCGGAGGGCACAAGAAAGUUUUGGACGCCAUGCUACAUUAUCAAAAAUAUGCAUUCGAAAGGACGAGGUUUCAAGGGAUAGUGAACGAUUUAGACAGGUCUACAGGUGUAUACAGAGAUGAAGUAAAUUUAAAAACCGCAAUCAUGUCCUUUGUGAAUGCAGUAUUGAACUAUGGUCAAGGCCAAGAAAACCUCGAAUUUCGUCUACAUCUCAGGUACGAAUUCCUAAUGCUAGGAAUUCAGCCAAUCAUUGACAAACUGAGGGGCCACGAGAACGAAACUUUAAAUAGACAUUUAGACUUUUUCGAGAUAGUUCGAAAUGAAGACGAGAAGGAAUUGGCCAGGAAGUUUGAACAGGAGCAUGUAGAUACGAAAAGUGCCACUUCAAUGUUUGAGAUAAUUAGGAAGAAGCUAUCCCAUACCGCCGCAUAUCCGCAUCUCUUAUCAUUAUUAGAACAUUGUCUCCUAUUACCACUCGACUAUGGAUCAUAUCCUCAACACUGGCUGUUAUUUGAUAGAAUUGUUCAGCAAAUCGUACUUCAGCAGACAGAAGAAGCUAAGACCGUUAAAAACCCGGAUGUUUGUCCAAUAGAUAUAAACGUCAAGGAAAUUGUUCAUCUAUUGGCCAAAGAAGAAGAGCUUGUGGCAGCUAGAAAGAAAGCUGGAGAGCUAGAGAAAGAAAAUGUUGACAUGUCAAAUAAACUGGCCAAAAAGGAACAAGAAUUAGAUCAUAGGACACAGGAGAAAGAGGAUCUAGAAACUAGUUUAUCUAGAAUAAAAGAGAGAUUAGAGAAAGAAACUAGCUCCCAUAUCGAAACAAGGCAAAGGUUAAGUGAAUUAGAAUAUAAAGCAGCUGAUCUCGAUCGACAAGUGUUGUCCGAGCGUGGUGAACGUCACCGAUUAGAACUUCUAGUCAACUCUGGUUCUAUACCUGACGACGCCAAAGCCAUCAGUCUCAACAAAGCUCUGGAACCUUCCACCGUCGAAUGCAAAAACGAAUUCAUUUCCUCAAUUCCUCCACCACCUCCUCUAGCUCCUCCACCUCCACCUCCGGGACCACCAGGUCCGCCACCGCCACCUUGUGCUCCCAUGGCACCACCAGCGGAACCGCUCAAAAUCGAAAUACAGAAGAAGAAUAUCCCUCAACCUUCUAACCCCCUAAAAAGCUUCAACUGGUCUAAAUUGCCGGAUGCUAAGUUGAACGGUACUAUUUGGAGCGAACUCGAUGAUAGCAAAUUAUAUAAUACGAUGGAAUUGGAUAAUAUUGAUAAACUAUUUUGUGCAUAUCAAAAGAAUGGUGUUACGAACGAUGGAUCAAUCGAAGACCUGCGCCAACUUGGAAAGAACCGUACGAAAAUAUUAUCAGUAAUAGAUAGUAGGCGCGCUCAAAACUGUACCAUUCUUCUUUCUAAACUAAAAAUGUCCGACGAAGACAUAACCAAAGCUAUAUUAAGUAUGGACAGCAAGGAACAACUUCCUAUGGACAUGGUUGAACAGCUCUUGAAAUUUACACCGAGCUCUGAAGAAGCCGCUUUGUUGGAAGAACACAGCGAUGAAAUUGAUUCGUUGGCCCGAGCUGAUAGAUUCCUUUAUGAAAUAUCCAAGGUUCCCCAUUACGAACAACGUCUAAGAAGUCUCCACUACAAGAAACGUUUCCAAGUUACCCUUAACGAAAUCUUACCCAGAAUAACAGGAGUGAUGGAAGCUUCGCGAGAAGUAUCUCGAUCCCGAAGGCUACGAAAGCUUUUGGAAAUAGUCUUAGCCUUAGGUAACUAUAUGAAUAGAGGAGCUAGAGGUAACGCCUCGGGCUUCCGUUUGGCAUCGCUAAAUAGACUGUCUGAUACAAAGUCAAGCGCUGCGAAGGGGACCACAUUACUACAUUAUUUAGUACAAGUUUUAGAAAAGAAGUUCAAAGAUAUACUGCGAUUAGACGAAGAUCUACCUCAUGUUCGUGAAGCUGCCAAAGUAUCACUUGGUGAAUUGAACAAAGAUAUGGCCCAAUUAAGAGCCGGUUUAAAGGAUGUAGCACGCGAAAUAGAAUUCCACAGAAGCCAAAGCCCAUUAGCCAAUGACAAAUUCGUACCGGUCAUGAGGGAAUUUCAGGCUACAGCUACGUGCAGACUUGCUGAAAUCGAGGAUCAGUACCAAGAUAUGAAGAAUCGAUUCGAUAGAGCCGUCCGUCUCUUCGGAGAAGAUCCCAGCAACACCCAACCCGACGAAUUCUUCGGCAUCUUUGACACAUUCCUUAACGCUUUCAUCGAAGCGCGACAGGACAACGAAAACAUGCGUAGGCGCCAAGAAGAAGAGGAAAAGAGGGCUAAACAAGAAGCAGAUUUAAAAAAGUUGACUCUGGAAAGGAAGCACAGCAGGGAGGGAAUUUUAACGUCGAUUAAUAAAAGUUUGAGUUUGAAAAGGGGAGAAAAGAACGGCGAUAAAGGAGAGUUCGAUGAUUUGAUAUCUGCGUUAAGAACCGGGGAUGUUUACGGAGAAGAUAUUGCAAAGUUUAAGCGCUCACGAAAAAGUCGAGUAGGUACCGGCAACUCACCUCCACGACGCAAUUCAACCACGAGAGAAGAUAGUAGAGAGAGGAUAGUCACUACCGGACGAAGGCAGUGAACAAUCCUGAUGUAAAAAUAUCUCAGUAGUACUAAAUCUUUUAUAGUUUUUGUUUUGUAAAUGUUUUAUUUGAUGUAUAUAUAAUUUUACUACUAAUGAAA